AUGGCUUCCAAACCUCCCGACGAGAAAGAAUCGCCAAACACUACGACAGCAGCAGGAACCAAACCCCCUAUUAAACCCGUUUCCAAAGGAGUUAAUGACCCGACAACGCCCAAAAAGGCUGGUACUCCUGCUGCGGAUGCGCCGGCGGCGACAACACCCAAGAGCGCGCCUGCCCGUCCUCGAGCAGCAACCAUGAAGAAGCCACCCGAACCCCCAACAUUGCUCGCCGACUUCCUAAGGGGGCGCCCGUCUCCACAGCGCAUCGCCGCCGAACGAAAACGAAGGAUGAGUCUGGACGCAGUCAAGGCCGAGAUGAGGGCCGAGAUGCGUGAGGCCGCUGUAUCAAAGGUACAACAGCCCGGUGGUGUCAGGGACCGCGUCCAGAAAUGGCAAAAGGCCAACGCCGCACUCAUGGUGACCGGUGAUCCCCUUGCCACUCCAAGCGAGCCCACAGAGAUUGCAUUUCCGGGCGAGACGGAAAGUGUUACAGAGGAGGACCGCGUCCGGAUCAAGCUGCGACAGAAGAGAAAGUCGGCGCCGAAGAUUGAGGUGCAUAAUGAGGCCAUGGCCGACGAAAAGGACGAGACGGUGGAGGAAUUGCCCGGAGGCCAGACUAAACAGGCACCCAAAAAGCGUGUUGUUAGCGACGACCACUGGAUGGCCCAGAAGAAAAAGAAGAGCCCUCCAAGGUCCAAAUCACCAAGAGCAAAAGAUGCGGCGAGCCCGGGCCCAAGUCCGUUACCCAAAGGCUUUGUACAAAAGACGCCAAUCCAGGCGCCUAUCGCCAAAAAGAUCCAGGAUUGGGUGGCCAAGGUCGAGCUGCCAGAACCGCCGCCGAGUAUUAAGCAUGCAGCGUCAAAAUCGACCGACUCUCUUGAUGGCAGUAGGAUACAGGCGAGGCUCAAGGAGCUUCAGGAGAAGCAAGCAACCUUACCGAAAAAAAGACUCGACGACGACGGCAUCAGAGUUACCCCUAUACGAACGAAGAGACUCGACGACGAUGGUAUUCGCGUUAGACCUAUCAAGACGCCAGCGUCGGAAGGGUCGAGUCUGAAGGCACCGAGGCCAUAUAACACAGGAGCCAGGUCUCGUGACCGUAGUCUCGGCGCUAGCUCAAGGCAAGAUUCGUCUGACCAUAUUGUGGUGGUUGAAGAAGAUGAGUCCGACCACAUCGAGGUCAUUGAAGACACCGCAUCGAGUCUUCCCACAACGCCAACGCGAAAGCCAUCAAAAUCACACAAGGCGAGUCGCAAGAAGAACGUACCGCCCCGUACGGAAACGACGGACGAAAAGUCCUGGGUCAGCAGCUCAGAGUCUGCCGUCAAGACAGGGCUGGUUGACUCGGAGCUUGCCCCCAGCUCACUUACAAGCGCACCUGGGGCGAAGCCAUUGGCAGACAUUCCUGUUGGGUUCUCUGCCUUUAGUGAGCUAGAUCUUCCUCUCGACCGAAGCAAAACGAGGAAGAAGACCCAGCAUAACCCAAGCUUCAAGGCUGCCGAUGUGUUCAAGAAGGUUGUCACCGAAGGCAAAAAGAUAUUGCACGAUGCUGUCGAAACCCCCAAGCAACCCGUCGCUAAUAAUCCUCCGAGCAUUGAGAAAUGGCUCAACGGUACGGUCGAUCCCUUUGUCGACGAGUCCACCAAAAAGAGGGAGGCACCGGCCCCGAGGAGAGAGCCGUCUGAGGGCAAGUCUCUUCAGAAGGCAAAAUCGCAAGACACCCGUAGACAAUCAUCUGUUGAGCCUCGCCAGAGGAAGCCCUCUCCUCCAACCCAGACAGAGCUAUCCGAGUCCACGGGGCUCACGGAGUCCACGCAAACAACCGACAUGACGCAAACAACUGAUACGACGCAAACCACACAGUCAACAGAUUGGACAGAAUCGACUUUCACUGAAACGGACUUGAGUGCAUCUACCGGGAACGAUGAGAACACGACACCAAGGCGUGUAGAAGAGAAGCCCAAAGAAAAGCCAAAGACGCCGACAUCCGCUGGCUCCGGCUCUGCCGGCUUGCGCAGAAGAGCGGCGACGCGAAGUUCGCCUUCACCCUUGAAAUCAGUCAAGAAGCCAUUCCGCGAGAUUCUAAAGGAGGCGUUUAGAGGAGAAUCCAGCGGUCACCAGACUCCUCCGUCCAAGUAUAUCAGCGAAGAGGAGCGGCGCCUGGAGCAAGAAUACGAUAGCUAUGAAGAGGACGAUGAACCCAAACGCGCCAUGCGUCGCCGCUCUUCUGGCUCCAGCCAGUCCUACUCCGAUCGAACUUUCACUGACGACUGGACGUAUUCUGACGAGUCCUCCAUACGUGAGGAUCGAACACCGCGUCGCAAGCCGCCUACAAAUGGUGUCCAUGAACUUUCUACCAUUCUGGGGUCCGCCGACACCCAAAGCGUCUAUUCCGACAUGACCUCAGAAGUGUCCGAGACUACAAUUACACAAACUACUGGCCUUACGAGGAGCAAUGUUUCGCGUCGAAGCAGCAAAGCAGGUCUCAAAAGAAGACUGACCAAGCACUCCGAUCUCGUUUCGGUUCUGUCUCUGCCCGACGACGAUCAGGUACCCGGCACCCUAAGAAGUAUCAAACCCCGGCCGAGUGUGAGGAAAGCGGCCAGUGUAAGGAAAGCUACCACCCGCCCAGACACGGUGACGACCAAGGAUCUCCUAAGGGAGUUCGCAGAUGACGAGAAUCUAUACCAGCGUGAGCUCAAGACGCUGGUUGACGGCGUCAUCCCUGUACUUUUGUCCACUGUUCUUCAGGAGGGCUCGACGAGCGCUGUUGACCUCUUCGGUCCCGAGUCUCCCAGCCGUAAAGCAAACAGCAUUUCGAAAUCCGUUGUCAACAUGGGUGUCGCCCUAGAGAAGCUGAAGACGGCACAUAAGAGGGCAUCUCACACGGAUAUUGACCGGCUGAUUGCCUGGCUGCAUACUGCGUCCCCCAUUUACGAUGCCUAUAUGGACGCAUGGCGCCUCGGCUUCCAGGACCUCAUCGUCAAUCUGGCCCCCGCGGCCGACCGCCUCGACGACGAGGACUCGCUCAUCAACGCCCUCCCACGCAACGCUGAAGGCGACGUCGUUAAUGAAGACGGAGAACGAGUUGAUGUCGCACACCUGUUGAAACGGCCGCUGCUUCGCCUUAGGACUCUUGCGAAGUUCACCAAAGGUCUCCACGCCGCUAUUGGGUCCUACGAUACUCUUGCGUUGGUUGGUGACUACAAUGCCCUGCAAGAGAAGGUCCGCCGUCGACACAGAGAAGAGUCUGCUAGGUUAGCUGACGAGGACGCCAUUAACACGGACACGACUAGAAUUCGUGAUCUUCGAACCCUCGCGCCGAUGGAAUCUGUCAAGAUCGAUCCCAAGCGACAGGUCAGUGCGAAAGACCUCUUCUCGCUCAGCCUGACACACUCCAAUGGGCAAAGACUCGAGUGCCAGGUCGAGCUUGUUCACCGCGAUCUUCCCGGAGCAGACAAUGAUAAGGGUGAUUUGCUCAUUCGCGAGACUGGCAGCGGCCGCCGGACAUGGCUAUUAUUCCCCCCUAUGCCCAUGUCUGUGAUCUCAGGCCGUCGCGGUGAAGCAAGGUACGAGCUUGUCCUCAUGGCACAGGGCACUCAUAAUGGCCGGCAGUGGUACGAGCUACUGAGCCUCGUCACGGACAACGAUGAUCAAGUGAACGACUGGCUCGACAUUGUGGGGACCACGCCUGUUCCCCCCCAGGAUCGUCUCCCUAUUGUUACUGAGGAGAGCCUUCCCGAAUCGCCGCAACACAGAAUGGACAUACCUGUCGGUGGCAAGCUUCAUAGCUCUUCUUCAAGGGACAUGUCCUCACCAGAGCCCAUAACGCCAAGACGACCAACUCCCAGUCGCUACCACAACCGUGGUUCGAGCAUGCCGACCACACCCGUCAACCGUAAUCCCUCGCUCGAAAGAACACCAACUCAAGACUCAUACAGCGAUGGCGAGGGCAAACACAGGGCCGCGCCCAACACAACCCCCUUUCGUGAGGACGGUGCUCCGCCUCCCCCUAUUCACCGCUCACUUGGUCCCAAACCUCCCAAGCUGCAGCCUCCUGUCGAUAUUCAGAGCCCUCGCGUGAAGCGGCGAGGGUCUUCCCCCUUGAAGCACGAGUAUCUGCCGUCGGAAGAGUCAUCUGACACAUCUCGUUCCGUCACCGAGAUUUCCGAAAGUGAGACAGAGACAGAGUCCGAUUACACUUCAUCUGAAGAUGAGUUCGACGAAGACAUACCUGAGACCGAGGUGGGCUUUAGCAUUAGGGAGCCAGAGCCACAACCGGAACGGGAGCGUGAGCGCGAGCGCGAACGUAAACGCGAACAUGAGCCCGAGCCGGAACCUCGGGAUUUUGAAGACUCCUUUCAGCGAGAGUCGACGACCUCGCAGCCUUUUGUCCAGGAUUCGAUGGUCUCUGAGUCCGUGUGCAGCCUGACGCCAUCCAAUUCGGCGUCACAAGCCGGACUCCACGGCCGCAAGAUGAGCGCGUCGGAGAGCUAUACCAAAUACAUUGCUUCCGUUUCAUACUGGAACGAGAAAAAGGGCCAGUGGAAGGAUAUUUCCCUUGAGCCUUGUUCCAUUCAGGUUGCUGCCGGAGUAAUUGAAGCAUACUCUUUGGUCAUGAGCCCUGGAGGGCAACCUGAUGUUCCCCUCGUCUCCCUCGAGCUCACACCCCUCGUUCUCCUCCGACAGUCUACCGUCGUCGAUCUUGAAAUUCGCUCCGCCGUCAAGGACAACUGCAAGAACAGGGAGAUUGGCGGCGGCAACUUCCGCUUUCGCUGUCCGUCGAGCACGGAAUGCUUCAACCUCUACAUGGCCGUCCACCACGCACGCCUCAAUAACCAAAAGUUCAUCCAGCUUGAGAACGAGGCGCGCUACAAGUCCUUCGGCGAGAGGCCCACUGAAGACCACGAAGAUAACAGCAGCCAACGGCGUAGCUGGUUCGGCCGCAAGAACAGUUACCGCGCGUCUACGCGCGCCCCCUCUCAGUCUCAUGACGGCAGCACUCCGUCGUCGAGCCUUUCCGCCACCAGCUUCCUCAAGCGACUUACGGGCGCCGGCACGUUCAAUAUUGCGCGCUCGUCUAUCGAUAAACAGGGACACUUCUCCAACACUAAUAGUCUCUACACAUCCGGUUCUUCGUCCGAAGGCUAUCCCCGCUCGCCAUCGAUCAGCAUCUAUUCCAACUCCAUUCGUAGUCCUCUGUCAUCUGACAACAUCAAAAUCCGGCUGCAUUUGCUCGUUACCUCGACUAAGUGGGAGGACUACGGCAACUGCCUGCUACAGAUCCGCCGACCGCCGCCGGGCUGGCACCAAGAGCUGCGCGCGAAUCAUGGUCUGGAGAAGCGUGUCACCGUCACUACCAUGCCCAAAAAAUCAGACAAACCACGCAUCGUGCUCGACGCCGUGUUGGGCAGCGGCUGCUUCACACCUAUGGGCAGCAGAGGCAUCGUUUGCGGUAUUUGGGAGGAGAUCCGCGACGAAAGGGGCGAGAUCGGCGUGGCACCCAAGACUGGUGGUGCCUCGGGCUCGGUCAAAAAGUGGUGUUUCCAGUGUGCCAGCGUCUCCGAGGCCUCGUGGGUCUUGAGGCUCGUUCACCAGGAGGUGGGUGUCGAACUCCGGGAAUGA